AUGUUUGUUUUAUUCUUCAUAAAUAUCUCUGGUUUCCAGGAUGAUAUUUUUUGGUUCGACUUUAUUUAUUUUUCUCUUCUAUAUUCCUUCAAAUUCUCUCUGUCCAUAAAGCCUAGCCUUUCCUCUCAAACCCGCCUUUAUUUCAUUUUAGAAGUAUUUCCUUUUUUAAAUACUUCUUUUCUAUCUUAUUUAUCUAUUUUCUUACUUCAUAGAAAGCCUCCCCUUUCCUCUCAAACCCGACUUUCUUUCAUUUUAGAACUGUUUCCUUCUUUAAAUACUUCUUCUUUUCUAUUAUAUAUUUCUAUUUUCUUUCUUCAUGGAAUGCUUAACCUUUACUUUCAAUUCCGCUUUUCUUUCAUUUUAGAAAUAAUGCUUAGCCUUUGCUCUCAAACCUGCUUUUCUUUCAUUGUACAACUGUUUCCUUUUUUAAAUACUUCUUCAUUUUUAUCUUAUUUAUCUAUUUUCUUACUUCAUAGAAAGCCUCCCCUUUCCUCUCAAACCCGACUUUCUUUCAUUUUAGAACUGUUUCCUUCUUUAAAUACUUCUUCUUUUCUAUUAUGUGUUUCUAUUUUCUUUCUUCAUAGAAUGCUUAACCUUUACUUUCAAUUCCGCUUUUCUUUCAUUUUAGAAAUCCUUUGCUCUCAAACCUGCUUUUCUUUCAUUGUACAACUGUUUCCUUUUUUAAAUACUUCUUCAUUUUUAUCUUAUUUAUCUAUUUUCUUACUUCAUAGAAAGCCUCCCCUUUCCUCUCAAACCCGACUUUCUUUCAUUUUAGAACUCUUUCUUUCUUUCUUCUUUCCUUUCUUCUUUCCUUCUUUCUUUCUUCUUUCCUUUCUUCUUUCCUUCUUUCUUUCCUUUCUUCUUUCCUUCUUUCUUUCUUCUUUCCUUUCUUCUUUCCUUCUUUCUUUCUUCUUUCCUUUCUUCUUUCCUUCUUUCUUUCCUUCUUUAUUAAGAACCUCACGCCGUGACCCACUAAGCUUUAUAAAUACUUACAUAUCCAUCUCGCUUACACACACACACUUUCUCUCUCCCUGCAUUUCUCUCCUCUCUCUCUCUCUCUCUCUCUCUCUCUCUCUCUCUCUCUCUCUCUCUGCAUGUGGGUACAUGCGUUUAUUUUUCUAUUAUUUCUCUCCCCCAUUGUCCCAGGAGACUUGUAGCUGCAAUAGAUAUUAUGUGUCUCUUAUUCUCGGCCCAUUAUCUACACACAUGACGAUGUCGUGUCCAUUGGUUUUUGCCUCGGGUAAUCAGCAGGAUGAUAAUGCAAUACAUUUAACGCCACUCUCUCUCUCUCUCUCUCCCUCUCUCUUUCUCUCGCUGUCUAUGUAUCUACCUAUUUAUCUCGUUAUUGUUUUUUUUGUCUAUUUACGCGAUGAUUUCUUUUUAACCAGUUUUUACACACUUUUUUCUAUCACUCGCAUUUUCUUCCCCUUAUUCAACUGCUCUCGUUAUUUUUUUCAUAUUUUUCGCAAUUAUUCCUAUUUUACUCGUUUUAUGUCUAUUUUCUGUCCCAGCUUCUUGCAUUUAUUCUUUCCAUCUCUCUCUCUCUCUCUCUCUCUCUUUCUCUCAUUUUAA